CACUGAGAUAGUUGGCAUGUCUGCUCUGUGUAUUUGAACAUUUCCGACGUUGUUUACAGACCAUCUCGUGCAAAGUUACAGCUUUUCUAUGGGUUAUCUCUCGCAACCAGCGCUCAAAAAUCUCAAAAAAUAUUCCUAUAAAGGUGUAGAUGAAUCUUUGGUCUCGCACUAUCUCCUCACGCCAUACUGGAAUUGGUUCAUCAAGCUCUUUCCAUUGAACAUAGCCCCAAAUACUAUAACCUUGCUUGGCCUGUGCAUCGUUGUUUUUAAUGUUGUCACACUACUAUAUUAUGACCCGCUUUACUUGACCGAGAAGGAUGGGGAAACAGGACCUCCUCAGUGGAUCUACUUUACAUGGGCGAUCGGGUUGUUCAUGUACCAAAGUUUAGACGCCGUAGAUGGGAAGCAGGCACGGAGAACGGGAAUGGCCGGUCCUUUAGGAGAGAUGUUUGAUCAUGGUUGCGACGCACUCAACACUACACUCGAGGUCGUUCUUGCGUCGCGCGCACUCAAUCUUGGCCGUUCGUGGUGGACUGUUGCAUCGCAAAUAGCCACUCUUGCAAAUUUCUACUUGACCACAUGGGAAGAAUAUCAUACUGGAAUAUUGUACCUCGGUCCUUUUUCAGGUCCAGUAGAGGGUAUCUUAAUGAUCGUGAUUAUCUAUGUUAUAACGGGAAUAUUCGGCCCUACAUUCUGGGACAACAAACUCUUGACUUUCACCCGUCUAGAUAGAAUACCCCAAGUUGUUCAACACGUUCCUAACAUCGGUCUCAAUGAAUCUUUCAUGGUUUUCGGUGCUUUUGGUCUGGCUUUCAAUAUUGUCUCAAGUUACCGCAAUGUCAUCAAAGCCACGAGAUCUGACGGGAAGUCGAGUCUCAAACCUCUCGUCUACCUCCUUCCCUUCGUCAUUUCCGCGACCCUCCAGAUCUUGUGGUUGUUAAGCCCCUCUUACCACGACUCCACCAUCAUUCACUCACCACUCUUCCUACCGUUUCUUUUCGCAUGGGGCUUACAGUUUGCUCACCAAGUAGGAAGGAUGAUCUUGAGUCAUAUUACACGUGCACCGUUUCCCCUGUGGCACAACAUGUGGCUAUGGAGUGUUGUCGGGAUGGUCGAUGCUCAACUCCCGUUCCUAUUUGACAGAUCGCCGUUAAUACAGUCAACACCAAAGCGAACGGCGGUGUUCGUCUACCUGACGCUCGCAGUUUCGCUCAUCACCUAUGCACGCUUCUGUGCACUGGUUAUUAGAGAUAUCACGGAGUUUCUCGGUAUCGCUUGUUUUACUGUGCGCAAGAAGGAUGGAGAGGGCGUGUGGAGGGAGACGCGUGAUAUACAGCAGGAUGGGUAUGUGAAACGGCUUUGACACGAGUAGUUUAGAAUUGGAACAUGGAGCACAUUUCUUGUCUACACUGUCGUAUGAUUAUUCACUCUAGAUCUUCGUCUGCUAAAUACCAUUGCUUGGACAUGGCUCUGGCCCCUG